CCUCCUGAGCUAUGUCCCCCAAGCAGAGUAUGAAUUAGAAAACAAUGAAGGGGAGGAGUUCUCCCCAGCAGAAAAAAGUGAGGUGAGCGACAAUGAGGUAUGCCAGACAAACAAUAGCGAGGCAAAAGAGUCAGACGGGGGAGAGGGGCCUGCACAGGUGGGGGGAGAUUUAGCUGGGCGAUAUCAAAACAUAAGAGAAAGGCCGCCGACCCGGCGUAACCCAGCAGCAGAAGGAUAUAGCCAUAAUUCUAGUAAACCCAAUACUAUAGCACCAUUGUUGAUUAAGGUAGGGGGUGUACCCCGAUACAUUCCCUGGUCCACCCAAGAUAUGCAUAAUGUAAUAACCAAUCUCCCUGAUUUGCAGAAUGGAGCAAGCCACUGGAUCAGGGUGCUGGAGGAGGAAACGACAGGCCGGAUCCUGGCUGUGGGGGACCUGAAGGCUCUCCUGGGAAAGGUUGUGGGGAUGGAAACAAUGCUGGACAUAUUUGAGCAGGCUGGCUUUGACCGAAACCAUGCGCAGUCUCCAGCAGUGGACGGUGGGCCGUUUGAUAACGUGCGUAGGGUUGUUUGGACUGCUCUGCGAUCCCUGUAUCCCGCACGACCGGACAUAACGACCUUAACGGGACCGCUGUUAAAAGACAAUGAACUACCGGCAACAUACAUCCACACGCAGUUGCGCAGGUGGAGAUUGUUAACUGAAAAGGACGUACAGGCAGAUCCCAUAAUGACCACCCUCUUCCGCAAAGCCAUCCGGGAGGGGAUGUCACCGGAAGUGGGGCGCCGCCUCGAUGAGGUGGUGGGACUGAACACCAUGACACACAGAGAGUUUGUAGAUCAUGUGGUGCACGCUGUGGACAGACAGCGGAAAGAAGGGAAAAAGAUGGAAGAUCAAACAAAAGACAUUCAAAGGAAGCUACUGCAGUUGCAGCUGGAGGAGCUGAGAGCCAAAGAAAAAAAGGCGAGAGAAAUAAAGGAGCUGAGAGCCAAAGAAAAAGAGGCGGAAAAAGUGGCAUCUGUGAAAAUACAGUAUAUGGACAAUGAAUUCUUUGAUUUUGAAGCCACUCCCCCGCCUGAACCAUGGAGCAGCCGGAUGGUGCCCCAGCCGACGGUGGUCUACGACUUCUCCGGCAUCCCUCACCCAGUGGCCAUGCAAGAUACAAAAGAACAGUGCAUAAGGGGGGCAAAGGGGGGACACAAGGUGUCCAGGAAGAAGCUGCAGCUCUGCUCUCAGAAGACGGGGAGAGCGGAGGGACUGCGGGCGCUGACACCAGCCCAGAGAGCAACAGCACCAACAGUGCCCCUGCGGGUCCAGUGCGAGAAUCGCAGGCCGGCUUUCCAGUGGAGUGACGCGCAGACCGCGUACUCUGGAUUGGAAGAUAUACCAGGAACCUACCACCUAUGAGGACUGCAGCAACACAUCGUGCUACGAAUCAACGUGUUAAGAAAUUGUGUAUGAUAACUUUGUGGGGUCACUUAGAAUAAUACGUACAGCUUUGAUAUGUAUAAUCAAAUUUUGCGACUGGAGAGAGUGUUGGAGGAACCAUGGGAACAACGUUACAUUGAGGAAUCUGAUACAUUUGGAUGCUGCUAUGGCAGCAGGGGAUGCGCAGGCACCCAACAUAAUAUACAUGGGGUGGUGCACACCCGACACUGUCUGACGCUGAGAAUAAGAAUACAGCGAGGGGUGUUUUUCGGGGCCAUGAGGUUUGACCCCGAAAGGGGGGAAUGUAGGAGAAUUUUGAGACUCCCCAUGAGUGUGAUGACGUCACAUGUUAAAGUUAAGGUAUUCCCAUCAAUGUUGAUCAGACUGUUUCCUCCAAACUCUCGAUGCUGCAUGAUAAAAAUAUAUCA